AAAAAGACAAAAUGAUUAAAAAUAGUACAUUGAAAAAUAACGUAACGACUAUUGUUGAAACAUCUUUAACAAAUUAUGAAAUCAAUGGUGCUAUUAUAUAUAUUGUUAUUGUUCUUCUUUGGUAUUCAGCUGGUAUUGUAUUUAUGUUAGGAAUGCAAAUGUCAACUCGUUCAGAAGAAACUGAAGAUUCAGUUAAACGUCGAACAAGAACUUUUAUUCGAAAUAUAAAUGAUCAUAAUAAUAAAAAAGAAAUCUUAGAAGAAUUAGUUGAUAAAGAAAAUCGAGAUCGACUUUGGGCUAUUUAUUUAGGUACAACUGGUGAUUCAAAAGAUUGUUUAACUCAUGCUGAAACUGUUCGUAUAAGGAAUAUUAAAAAACAAUUAGCUACAAUAAAAAGAAAUCAUCAUUUAACAUACGACACAUUAUUACCUUCAACAUAUGAAAUGCAUUGUGUUCGUAGUCGUUCAGAAAUUCGACCUGAUACAUUUCAAUCAUCAUCCGGAACAACUUGUUUUCAUCGACGUCGUUCCUCAUUAGAUCAACAAGCUCUUGAUCGAUUGAAAGAAUUAACUAAUCAACCAAAACUUUAUGAUCAAUUACCAUGGUCUAUUCGUAAAUUAAUCAUUCGACGAUAA